AUGAUCUUGCUUCCAAGCCCCAUCGACUUUUUGCACAGGGUGUGGCCCAAGCUAGGUGAAGCCAUCCCAAUGAAAAGAGCUUUGGACUGGGCCGCCACGGGGAAAGCACCAAGCUGCAAUGUAGAUGGUGCAGAUGGCGAUGGUACCUUCACUCAGAUGCUCUCCUCUGACCCCGUCGAUUCAGGUUUGUCCUAUAAUCCUGAAAAUGCAGCUGCCACAGAAGGUGCAGAAGGAGCAGAGCCAGAGUGGUGUGGCUACGAUAACUGGUGGCCUGACUCUUACCACGAAGAGCCAGCCGCAGCAGGUCCUGUCCGAGCCACCGCUGAGGAGGAAGCAUACUGGGAGAAUCAGAAUGCAGAGGAUUGCCAAGCAGCCAUGGAAGCUGGCUACAUCUGCAAGGAAGAGAGGUCAGAGGAAUUGCCAGAUAAGAACUGGCCCGAUGUCGCUUCUGCAGAGUGGACCUCGUGGUCGGAGGAGUCCCAGGAUAAGAGCUGGCAACAUGGUGCUUCUGAACAGUGGACCUCGUGCAAGGAAGAGGAGUCACGGGAGACGGGCUGGUUCCAGGCUGCUCCUUGCCCUUGGCAGGUGAACCCUCCUCCACCUCCUGUGGUGCAGUCUGAAUGCAACAAAAAGAUCAUGCCCCCAAAGAUGAAUCCGUCUGGCUGGUUCCACAAGAUGGUUCCCUUGCUGGGAGCCUUGAUGAAUGGAAAUAUGAAGCACGCCAUGGAGCUUUGCCAGAACUACUACUUGCACUCUAAAGAAAUGACCGAGCAAGUGGAUAAGCACCUGGAGAACUUGCUGAACCGUGGCAAGGACAAGAAGUAUGAUGGCAAG